UGGCUAUUAAGCAUGGCCAUUAGAGGUGUCAGAAUCGCACACAUUUGAAUCCGCAAGAUACUUUACAUCACGCAAGUAUGUUAUAUAUCAGCAAACUCAGACAGACUGCUGUGAUUCAGUGAGAAAUCUUAAACUUUAAAGGUAAAGUUAAGCUUUAAAAAGCUGCAAGAAGUAAAGUUUUGCCUUCGCAGCAAUGAUUCUUCCUCAACGACAAAAAAAUCUUGGUGUGCAUUCCACUUUCUUCGGUCUGUUGCUGUUUGUUGUUGCAAAUCUCAACGAAGUCAACCUUUCCGAAGGAUGUCAGCCAAAGAGAAGAUAUACCGUUCACCUAGUGAACGAAACAGACACACCAGCCGAUACCGCAAAGCUAAAUAGCUCCAUAAUAAAUGCACUCGAGGAARCAUUACCUGGGGGACUUUGUUCUCCUACCAUCAAGAUCUUCAACCAAUCAGACCAACCUAAAGGCUUAACAAUUGCUGAACUAGAGCUAUCAGUGAGUAAGAACGAUAGCUUUGAAACCUUUGAGGACCUUUUACUCAAGGGUAUGAACUACACCUUAGAAAACAGGACCCUAACCAUGAUGCCUUACUCUCGAGUCUUUGUAGCAAGAUUCAACAUWACCAAUCCAGACGACGCCAACGACACUUAUAUAGAACAAGCGAUUACAGAAGGCCUUAAAGARGAAACUGUAAUUGUUACAUUCAUUACGGAUGGUUCAGAAUUGAAGACCUUUCGACUUUGGUUAAAUAGGAGUGGUUCUUUCUAUCCAGUAGAAGCUUUAAAAAUUCUUAUUGAUGCRAUAGAGAAUAGCACGUUGAAUAGUSUGGUGGUCUCGAAAGACUCCUUCAAAGCCUAUAUGRUAUACCCUCUCAUUAAGACCAGGGAUUUUCGAGUCGAAUUUGAUUAUUCAAUGAUGGAGUGCGAUCAGUCUUCUAUGUCCAAUACAAACUCUCARGAAUACMGKUCAACAAAGGAGGACGUUGAAAAGAUCUUGAACGAAAAAUACAAAGUUCUGCAAAAUCUUUCUAGUGUURCAGUCACUGAUAUUAAAUGCAAAUCGUCCGUCGUUCGAGAUUCUUCUACUUUUGCGCGCAUAACAGCCGUACUCAAGUUGCACAGAUCAUCCAAAAAGACGCCAAAUGAGAUAGGUGAAGCUUUACAAAGCUGCCCAACAUCAAACACUAACGUUUCCAACGUACAAGUCACUCUACUGACUCCUCAGUCAUUUGAAGAUGUUACAGAAGCAAAAAUCAUAUGUCCCUCGACAACUACAUUGAAGCCUACCACCCUUAAAACGCAGAGUGACACUACCCUACMYCCCAGUGAACCCAGUACUUCACCUCCAUCCAUGGGAAAAACUCCGCGUGCUUUUGUAAGACUUCGGUUGGCUAUCACAUGGAGUCAGUUUUGUACAAAGCUUGAAGAUUCCUUAAARCAGAAUAUUGCCAAGAACGUCUAUGACAAAAAGGGAAACGUCGUCUCCCCUGAUAGGGUUAUGUUUAUUAACAGUCGUAAAAACUGCGCCGAUCCUCUAAAGGAGAAUGAAUUGGUGGAUUUGUGGUUUUACAUUGCGGAGAGAUCAGGGACGGACAGACCGUCUACGUGCGUGACACUMAAGGCUCAACGGGUGCUAAGGAUGAUGGUUAACAAUGGUAAUACAAAGAUGUUAGGAACUGACUUUGCUGGAAAGGUCAUCAGUGCUAGCCUCGCCGGGUGUGAUGCCCAAAAAAUAGACAAAAAGGAAGAAGAUGUGAACUGGACGGUGCUCAUAAUCAUUGCUGUCAUAGUUGGAGCAUUGCUUCUGAUUCUGGCUUGUUGCUGUAUUUGCUGUGGAGCUGCAAGACGUCGAAGACGCAGACGAUACGAAGACAAACAAAUGGAGUUAGUCAUUGUUGAUGGCGCGCACGUCCAAGCAAACGGGGAAGAAACUGGAGUGAGCAGUUUGGGAGGGAAGGACAGUGAGCAAGGCAAAAAAGGAGGUAAACGAGAUGGUAAAGGAGCAAGACAUGGACAUAGGGGAGGUAGAACCGCAGGGAUGUAUGGCGGCAUUAGUGAUACUGACAGUGAUGACUACUACGAUUGCUGCGGUGUUGGUAUUGCUGGCGCUCACGGAGGUAAAAAAACAAGAGACAACAAAGRGAAGAAAAAGGAAAAGAAUAAAGAAAUGGAUGGAAAGAAAACGGAUGCUAAUAAAGACGAUGCAAGCAACGGCGAGAAUAAGGGAAAUAAUAACGACAACGAUGCRAAGAAUACUGAGGGGACUUCCAACGAAGGCUAUGAAGAUCUGAGACUUGAUAAAGAUGGCCAAGAAAAAAGCACCCCACAAAGCUACCAAAACCUAUCCUACGGACUCGGUGAUCGCAAGCCAAGCAAUGGAAGUCAAUACGCUACGAUUGCAGAUAAGCGACCAAGUCAAGACGGAGGUCAUCAGUAUGUGAACAUAAGGGAUGGUAGUAAAGAACAAAGUCAGCAAGGAAGUCCCGMCAUCUCAGUUGCUGCUGCGGGAUCACUCGCGGGAUCGAUGGGUGAUGGUAACAAUAGAAGUGGUCAAACACCGGAAAUCGUUACCAGUCCCGCCCCGGCAGAUAGUGGAACACCAACCUAUGACAAUGUUAAUGGGACAUCGUUAGGCGAUCGUGGGGGAUCAUCCUCUAAAUCAGGAACUCCAGUCAGUUCCAGGCGCCCUUCAAGUGGCAAUAACAAUCURAACAACAUUGACGACGAGCARCUAAGAGAGCGCCGUCGUUCGUCCAUCCAUUCCUUAGUAGACGAUGGCGCAGAACCUCUCAAGCACAAGACAGCAACCGUGGGUAUAGUAGGUUUGGCAUUAAGAAACAAGAACGAAAGAAAGAAAGAAACAGAAUUUAAGAAUCUUGACAAGGAAAUGCCUGCCCUUGGGUCAUACCCUGCAAGUACUGCGGGUAARAACAGAUUUCCAGAAAUAUUGCCAAAUCCUCGAUCUCGCGUUAAGCUGACGUCCUCACCCGACUACAUCAAUGCCAGCUAUUUACAUGAUCACAAGGGACAGCGGCAUUACAUAGCUACCCAGCAUCCCUUGGUGGAGACGAAGGACGAUUUCUGGCAGAUGGUCUGGGACCAAGACUCGCACCUCAUUGUGAUGGUGAACGAUGAUGAAAACAGCAAACAGAUCGAUUAUCCCAAUUACUGGCCRACUGCAGAGGGUAAUAGUAUGGAACAUAACGGUAUCGUGGUAACUAAUAAACAAACGGUUACUAAGGCUGACUACRUCAUCACCACUUUAGUGAUAACUAACAACAAGGUAACGUCAUCAAUCUCUCGCGAGAUCAUCCACUACAGGUACACGUCGUGGAAGGACAAGGAUCAAAUGCCUAACGUUGCAAUGUUCGUUGGCUUCGUGGUCGCCACGCGAGAGAUCGGUAAGAAGUACGAGGACGGAAAGUCUCCUGUCAUAGUACACUGCAGUGAUGGUCAAGGAUUCACUGGUGUCUUCAUAGCACUAGACAUUGGUAUUCGCAGCCACGAGGAGAGUAAGACUUCUGUCGURGAUUUGUUUGAGUUGGCUAAACGACUGCGACAAGGCAGAAGUUGUAUUGUUAACUCCUUACAACUGUACAACUUCACUUAUCAGUGCCUGUAUGAAUAUACGGUCAACUACGACGAAGAAGCCGAGAAAAAGAAAGAUGCAUAGCACUAUUAAAACAAGUAAACAUUGAGCUUGUCUGUGGUUUUUAAAAAAACCUUUUGAAAUAGACUACAAGCUUUAUAGCCCUGUAAUACAUGUAGAAGGAUAAAACGAUAUUUCAGCAAUAUGUUAUUAUUCAUUUAAAAUUGUUAAGGACUAAGUUUCUAGCAAGAAAACUAUAGCAAUAUAUAUCAAAAAAUAUUGUCUUAUGAAAGAACGAUUUGUAAUUUCAGAAAAGUCGAUACCAAUUGCUGUUUGCGAUAUAGUUUGAUGAUAAUAAAAUCGUGCAGUUAGUUUAAACGAUCGGCAUUCCAUACCUAUUGCUUUGUAUAAAAAAAA